UUGUCCCAUUGUUUUGGGACCAACUUGCGGUAAACUUCGAAGCAAGGUCCACAACUGGGCCGUAGACAUGGACGAAUGGAACAAGCCACUGCCACGUGCUUUCCCUGUGGUUGCGCACGGCCAGACUGUCAGGGUUCUCCAAUUGUCCGAUACUCAUUAUGAUCCCGAGUACACUCCCGGUUCCAACGGUGAUUGUAAAGACCCGCUUUGCUGUCGUAGCGGUCCACCCGCAACAGAAGCAGCCAAAGCUGGCAAGUGGGGUUAUCCCGGCAAAUGUGACAUUCCAUUCCGAACACUGGAAAGCAUGAUGCAGCAUGCGGCCAAUACGCACCAGAUUGACAUGAUACUUUGGACGGGUGACCUGCCUCCUCACGAUAUGUGGAAGUCUAGGAAAGAAGACAACGUCGAUAACCUGCGUAAUACCUCGGCGUUAAUACGAAAGUACUUCCCUGGAGUGCCGGUGUACCCCGCCCUCGGAAAUCACGAGGCAGUGCCCAGCAACAGCUUUCCAGUGAAAAACCCACUUAACUUAACCGUUCAGUGGCUGUACGAUGAAGUAGCCAGCGAAUGGGAAAGAUUCCUUCCCAACGCCACAACAGAGACCAUAAAAAGGGGAGCAUUCUAUGCAGUAAAAGCUGCCGAUCGACUCAAAGUCAUCUCAUUGAACACAAACUUUUGCUACAUUUACAACUGGUGGCUUGUCUACAACUCCACUGAUCCGGAAGACCAGUUGCAGUGGUUGGUGAGUCAACUGCAGGAGUCAGAGGACGCCGGCGAGAAGGUUCUCAUAAUUGGCCAUGUUCCUCCUGGAUAUUCGGAGUGCACAAAAGUGUGGAGCAGAGAAUUCCACAGAAUCGUCAAUCGGUACGAAUCCACCAUAACUGGUCAGUUCUACGGUCACAUGCACAGUGACGAGUUCCAGGUUUACCACGACAUAGAGGAUACCAGUCGACCGAUUAGUGUGGCUUACCUGGGUCCAAGCGUCACAACGUACAUUCACCAAAAUCCGGGCUACCGGGUGUACCUGCUGGAUGGAAAGCACACGAACGCUACAUGGACUGUUACAGAUCACGAAACGUACGUGAUGAACGUCACGGAUGCCAACGCGACGGAUGAGCCAAAAUGGGCACUGGAGUACAGAGCCAAGACGGCGUACAGGCUUCCAUCUCUCAGUCCGACAGACUGGAGCAAUCUCAUUUCGAGGUUGUCUAAAAACGACUGGAUGUUUAAAAAAUUUUACAGGUACCAAAACAAGCUCCACCCAGCAGGCGUCUGUGACAAACACUGCAAAAGCAUGAAGAUAUGCAACAUGAGAGCUUAUGCAGAUCAAGUGCUCACAGACUGCAUAAAGCAAAGGACGACUCAGUAAACAGACCUCACUUUCAUCCGUGUUAGAAGCUCAAAUGUGUUGUAUGGCACAACCAACAACACAGAGGCGCUGAAUAAGUAGAGCUGUUGAAAAAUAGUUAAGGAAAUCAUCUUCACCUGCCUGAAGCCCGGCAUCUUCCGAGAAACUUUGCUGUAAACAGAGAUAGUGCAGCUUACUAUGGGUGACAUUGACUGCAAGUGUUGCUGCAUUGACUGCAAAACUGGUUGUGACUAUUGCGGAGCAGUGCUGGUGAAAAGUGGCAACGCAGCGAGGGACCACCUUGGAUUGGAAUCAGCGACGGUUGCGUGGAGGUCGUCGAGUUGGAGAACACUAGUCCAGUGCGGGACAGCGUAAUGUAAUAUGGACACAAAGACACACAUUCUGUUUCUAUAAUGUGUGGUAGGGCGAGGACAGGUAGCAUUCACACCUUCGCACAUUGGGGAAUAGCUGUUAGGCUUCCUCGGAUGAUGAGAAGCAAUAUGGCGUGUGCCAGUGUGCUACACAGCAGAAUACAGGAUCUCCUCCAGUUUGUGCCCUUCCCUGGGACACCUGAGAAUGUGGUGUACAUGUUCCAAAAUGACUUCUGGGAAUACAUUAAAUGCUUGUGACCAUUGUUUGUGGACUUGUGAAAGGUAAUCCCGCUCAAAAUGUUGUUGAAAAAGUUGCCAUUUUCUUUUAACCUGAUCUUAAAAGCUUUAAUAGGAAAUGUGUUUCUGCACAACUGCUGCAGAGUGCAUUGACACAUGACAAAACCUUCUGUCAGUACAAAAAAAAAUAGUAUGAAACAUCAUCCAUGUACUAGUUCUAACAACUCUAGGCUGUUUUAACGAUGAAAGAUUAUUAGUGAAACAAAAAGGAGAGGGAAAGAAUCUUGAAUUCCUUUUUUGAUUUGU